AUGUUAUUAUUUUUAAUUUAAGUAGCNCAUACAGAAACACCUUUAGUUGGUGGAAUGAAUAAUCCUAUUGAUAUUAGUAAAAAUAUUGGAAAUUAAACUCCAAAUUAAUUAGCUAAUCUUUUAAAGGAAACUCCAAAAAGGUAAGUAGAAACUUCAAAUGAUGCUUUUGGUAUUAAUAUUGAAGAAUAUGAAAGAGCAUGGGAAGAACCUAGUUAAAGUGUUGCAUAUAUUAAUGCUGAAUAAGAAAGACAAUAAUAAUUGAAAAAUGAAUAGAAAUUAAAAGAAAUGAUUAAAUAAAAAUUAAAAUCUCUACCUAAACCGAAAAAUGAAUUCACGAUUGAAAUUCCUAAAAUGGAUAAUGAAGAAUAAAAAGAAAUGGAAUUGUAAUUUAUUUAUAUUUAUUUUAUUUUAGAGAAAUGGAUGCUGAGGAUAAACUAAAGAUUAUUAAAUAAAAAAAAUUAGUUGAUUAAUAAAAAAAAUUUAGAUAAAAAACAUUAGCUCAUCAAAAGAAUUUACCUCCACCAAAAGAGUUACCAUAGGGUUCAAUUUAUGAAUUUACUCAAGAUUAAUUUAGAAAUGAAAUAGAAGAUAUUCUCAAUUACACUCUAAUACAAUUAAUUAAAGAAGAUAUUUAUGAUAAUUCUAAUGGUUUAGGAGAUAUUACUCUAGCUAAGGAAUUAUUAUAAGAAGAAAGACAAAUAUUAUUAGGAGAUUAAAAUUUACAUGAUCUUGAUAUCAUUUGGAAUUAAGUCAGAUAAUAAUUAUAUUUUGACUAUGAAGAAUCUAAAUUUGUAAAUAUUGAAAAAAUAGAUGAAGAAGUAAGAAUGGCUAUUUUUAUUGAAUAUUUUAGAAGAACAAGAGUAUAAUAUGAAAAAUUAAAUAAAAAAUAAUAAUUCUUUGCAAAUCGAAUCACUAAAUUAAUGAAAGGUUAUGAAGUGAGAAAUCUAUAAUUAGAAUAAGAAAUCUAAUUAUUGAAUGAUAAAAUAGCUGAAAUUCAAAUCAAUAAGGAAGUAUAUUAAUAAGCAUUACAUCAUGAGAGACAUAUUUACAGAGACAGAGUUUAAGAAUUAGUUAAAUAUCAUGAUAUGUUGUAAGUAAAGAGUAAUGAAUUGCAGGAUAAAUAUUCAUAUUUGACUAAAUAACUUUAGGAAUUAGAAUAAGAAUCAGAAAUCUUAGCAUGA